AUGGUUGUCGUUUUUUUUUUUUUUUUUUUGGUUUAUUCUACGAAAGCAAUUUCUUUCCUUUUUUUCCCCCUUUCUCUCUCUCGCUCUCUUUUAUGUUCCCCACUCCGCUCAAUCAACACAAAACGAUACAUGCGGUUUUUCCCCCCCCAUUCAUUGUCAACUGAAGGAAGGGCAUAUCCGGUCUUCAGGAUGAAGAACUGGGCCCUGAGCGAAAAUGGGGCCAAAGUGGUAGAGGUUUCGCACGAGGCAGCCCAUGUUGCAAGUGCGGCCUCCAAUCUUCUUGUGGAGCGCGAGGACCUUCUUUGGAUUACUUCUGACGCGCCGCAACAUGUAACGUUAAAACUUUCUCCUCAUCACCCAACUCUGCGUUAUGUUGGUUGGCAUGUUUGGCAUGACUACCUCACAAACCCAAAGACGGUGGAGAUUGCAUCCGGUGAGUCUACUGAGGACAUGAUGGCGCAGCUGAUAUGCCAGGCCGUCUCCGGUGCCGGAACACAAGUGUGGAAGUUGCCUAAUGCGAUUCCACCGAAGCAUUUGUUUGUUCGAGUUAAGAUAUUAGAGACGUUUGGCCCAGGGCCUACGUAUAUGAACAAUGUGGUUCUAUUUGCCAAUGAUCCUGGUACCCGGUUUCGAGCCGCUCGCAGCACCGAGUUAACCUUACCCAAAAAUAAGGAAGGAUCACCGGCACGUAUGAGUGUGUUACUCAAAGAACUGGAUGAGGAUAUCCGUGCUCUGCACCCCAUAAAGACAGUAACACCAAAUAAAAACAUGUUACUCUACGUUCCACAGGAACCCACGGUGGUGUUUCAACAAGAAGAUGCAGAGGAUGAAGAAACCACGUCACCGACACUACGUGAUCCUACCGAAAGACAAGGUAGUACUGCUAUGAAUAGAACUCCUUCGUAUGGUAUCACACAGGAGCGAUCGGAAACUGUGACUCCUGGGUAUGCGGCACAGGCUGGCGGCUCAGCGGAAGUUUCUCGAGGGUUCAACGACCGUCUGUGUGCACUGGAGCAAGCUGUCGCCUCCCUCACGCAAAGCAUGAAUCAUCAGCGAGAAGAUUUGACUAUGAUUAAGAGGCUACUUCUCCAACAAGCUUCCGAAAGAAGACGCGAAUUGGAGCAGAGAGUUACUGCAUCCGAGGCUUUGUCGGCCAAACAACAACUGCAGUUGCGGUCGCAUGAGAAGUUACAUCGAGUUUCUCGCCACCAGGUUUCUGUGGACUUUCCUGAAGAUGCCCUUCGUUCGUUUGUGGAGAGUGUUUUGGCUCCAAAGCUUCAAAAACAUGCGAAGCGCACCGAGGCGCAAACUAUAGCCAAAUUGGAUGGUUUUUUGAAGGAUGUUGUUUCAGAAAUAUCUCUCGCGGUGGACGAUCGUGUUCGGUUGCAUCUUCAACAAGCCAGUUUAAAUAAUACCGGGUAUUUGCCGUACAUGGCCCCGCAUAAUUUUGAGGACCGUAAGAUGGAGCCUAUGUAUACGCCGCCACGUCUUGCGAAAAGGGAUGAGGAUUUAAUCCAUGUGGAAUACCGUGUUCCUCCUCCCGCGCCCACCACCGUUCCUCCUCGGCCGGUGGCAUCGUCUGCGGCGGCACCACCACCUGUGAGCAGUGUACGUAGUCGACAAAGCAGAGAUAUUGGAAGUGCUCCGGUAUCAAUCAUUCGUGAUAUUUCCAUGGAUGCUGAUUUGUUCUCUUCUAGACCUGUAGGAACACCCCAACAAUGA